GGCGAUGGACUGGAAGGCUGGCCCCGGAGCGCGUCUUGGUUUCGCGGCUCUGGCGCUGCUCGUGGCUCCCCGGUUCUGCACGGCGCGAGGCGAUGCUCACUCUCUUUCCUAUAACUUCACCGUCGACCUUCAGCCCGGACGUAGACAGCUGUGGUGUGAGGUUCAAGGGCAGGUGGAUGGAGAGGUUUUUCUCUCCUAUGAUUGUGGACAUGCUAAGAUCAUAUUCACAAGUCUACUAGGAGAAGAAGUGAAAACCAUAAAGGCCUGGGAAAUACAGGUCGAAACACUCAGAGACAUCAGGGACUGGAUCAAGGACCAACUGCAUGACUUUACACUGGAGAAACGCAUGGCCAGAGACCCCCUCACCCUGCAGGCCAGGAUGGCAUGUCGCUGUGAGGAUGACAGACACAUCAGUGGAUCCUGGCAGUUUGGCUUGAAUGGACAAAUGAGCCUCCACUUUGAUUUGGAGAAUGGCCACUGGAGAGUGGAUCACCCUGGAGGCAGAUGGAUGAAGGAGAAGUGGGAGAGUGACAGGGCAGUGACCGACUUCCUGAAGAAGGUCUCCAUGGGAGACUGUCGGGCUUGGCUUCAGGCUUUCAUGGUGCGCUGGGAGGAAAUGUUGAAGACCACGGCCCCCCUCGGGAGGAUCCAGACCUGA